UCAUUAUUCUGAAUACGGAUAAAUCACAAAUUGCGUCGAUUUGCCGGAGGAUUUAUAAAGUGCAAGUUUAAUCACUUUGCUCUCAACCACUAGCUCGGUGAAAUCGACUUCGUCGUAGAAUAUAUUGUUCAGCAUCACUUUUCAUCUUAAAUACUCUAUUUUUAAUAGUAAAUUAAUUAGUACAAAAUAAAUAAAAGGAAUCGCCGAAAAAAAACAUUACAUUGUUAAAAUGUUGUGUCGCUUUCAACAACCAUUUGAACGAUGGUUAAUGGUUAUUCUUCUAAUUAUUUUUACAUUUGAGAAAACAUGCGGUUUUACAGUAAAACAUCAGAGAGCAGCAACCAAUGAGCAUAAGAAAUUUCAGCCAACACCAAAUUUAGUUAAUCCAACAUUUUUCAAAAAAUGUGAUCCAUGUCCACAUGGCGUUAGCUGUGUCCCAAGUAUCCAGUGUCCGGCACACGUUCGUAUGUCAGCACAUGAAAAGCCACAGAUUUGUGAUUUGCCACAUGGUGGUCACGGUUUUUGCUGUACCACUGGACGGAAUUUUACCACUCACCACAAGAAAACCGCUGUACAUGGUCGAAGUGCAUUGACGGAUGUCACAAACAACAUACUCCAGCUAAUGAAAUCGGUAAUUAAUGAGGCGAGCGAACACAUCAACGAUUUGAACGACGAAGAUCCACAAGUUGCCAUCGUUAAUGCACAUGAUCAACCUGAAUUUAUGCAUAAUCUUCUCUUUCGAUCGUCCACAGAAUCUGAAAUGAAAGCACAGCAUGCAAAUCAACGGGCACUUCACCAGGUGUUUGCCAGUCGAAUUUUCAAAGAAAGAGAAAAUGUGGCUGAAGAAGAUUUUCAAUUAGGUGAUGUUCUUGCACCGAUUGACGGUACACCGUUAGAACGUGUAUGUGAUCAAUUUCCAGCUUGUCCGCCACAAGCGUUUCGUUAUCGAACCAUCGAUGGAAAAUGCAAUAAUCCAGAUCCAUCAAAGGGAACAUGGGGCGCGGCUGGUUCACCAAUGGAACGUCUGUUGCCACCUAGUUACGAAGAUGGUAUAUGGCGACCAAGAUUAACAUCUGUGACGGGAGCACCUUUACCAAAUGCAAGAACCAUAUCCCAGCAAUUGAUUAAAGAUGUGGAUCGACCACAUCCCACCAUCAAUUUGCUAUUUAUGCAAUUUGGACAGUUUAUUACGCAUGAUGUAUCCCAAUCAGCUUCGAUUAGAACGCAUGAAGGUUCGGCAAUUCGAUGUUGCUCGAAAGAUGGACGUCAUGUUUUGCCCCGUGAAUCAUUACACUUUGCCUGUUUGCCAAUUAUACUUAAGCCCGACGAUGAGUUCUACAGUCAAUUCGAACAAGGAUGCAUGAAUUUUGUUCGCUCGGCACUUGCUCCAGAUGGCCAAUGUCAAUUAACUUAUGGAAAACAGAUUAGCAAAGUGACCCACUUUAUCGAUGCUUCGGCUGUUUAUGGUACAGACGAGAAGACUUUGUCUGAUGUGCGAAGUUUUCAGGGUGGUCGACUUCGUAUGCUUGAUGAUUUUGGUAGACAGCUGUUACCUUUAACGCUUGAUAAGAAUACCUGUGUCAGUUUAGAUAAAGGUCCAUGCUUUUUUGCCGGUGACGGUCGGGCGAGUCAAAUUAUUUCGCUGAUGGCAUUGCAUAUUUUAUUUGCACGAGAGCAUAAUCGUAUAGCUGAUAUUUUAAGCAGUUUGAAUCCACGAUGGUCGGACGAUGUAAUAUUUCUUGAAACAAAACGAGUCGUAGAAGCCGAAUUCCAACACAUUACGUAUAAUGAAUGGCUACCGCUGGUUAUUGGAACGGAAACACUCCAACGUUUCAGUUUGGGAAUACGUGAAAGUGGAUAUUCGGACGAUUACAAUCCGGAUGUGAAUGCAUGCAUCACUUCGGAAUUUUCAACGGCUGCUCAACGCUUUGGCCAUUCAACUGUUGACGGACGAUUUUUCAUUGAAAGAGGUAAUGGACAAACUGAAGUUAUACAAAUUCCGGAGGUAUUUUUCAACACAAAUCGCUUGCGACAGCGCAACUUUUAUGAUGAUAUUUUGUCUACACUCGGACGUCAGCCCAUGCAGGCGGUCGAUUCAGUGGUUACACAAGGGUUGAGCAGAUUCCUUUUCGCUGGGUCGAAUCCAUUCGGCUUAGAUUUGGCAGCCAUAAACAUUCAACGAGGCAGAGAUCAUGGUGUUCGUUCAUACAAUGAAUAUGUUGAAGUGACUGGUCAUCGCAGAAUACUUAGCUUUGAUGAAUUCGGACCGGAGCUGGGUGAAAAGUUGGCUUCAGUUUACCAAAGUCCCGAUGACAUAGACUUAUGGGUAGGUGGGCUAUUGGAAUCUGCUCGUGGUGAUGGUCUUGUUGGCUCAACAUUCGGUGACAUUCUUGCCGAUCAAUUUUCGAAAUUCCGUCAAGGUGACCGGUAUUUCUACGAACAUUCGCCAGAAGUUAACCCAGGCGCCUUUACACCAGAACAAUUGAAGGAAAUUAAGAAAGCAUCCGUUGCACGUUUGAUAUGCGAUAAUUCUGAUAAUAUUCAAGUGCAAUCACCAAAAGGAUUCAUUCAAACUAAUGUUCCUGGAAAUGCACCGGUUCCAUGUAGUUCAAUUCCAGCUCUUAAUUUCUUGGCAUGGAAAUCUACAUAAAUCAAAUAAAUUGAUGUCGAGUUUCUCACUUAUUUUUUUAAUCAGGA